GUGGGGCUGUCAGUCAGCCGCUCGCUGUGUCCUGAGAUCUGUUGAGUUGUUGCGCUUCUAUUGUGGAAGGCGCGUCUCUUUGGGAAAUAACGCGUGUAUUGACACAAGGAAUCGUUGCGUUGUAUUAUUUUCACAUACAAUGGGAUUGUCGUCUCGUACUUGGCGAGAGCAUCAGAGAGAUCCCACCUGGCUUUGUUAAGCUUACAUGGCUGUGAAAUGACCGUAUCUCCUGCUUGCCCUCCCGUGGAGUGAGCAGUUGUCCUUGACAGUGAAACUGAGAUAAAGAGUCUCAUUCUCCUCCUAUGGAUUACAGACCCAUAGGUCUGAACACCCUGACGUGGGUCAGUCAUCAUUCACAGACUUCUCCCAGUGCCGCCAAGCUCCUUCGCUAUUGCGUAAAAUGCUGGAGUUGGAAUUUCUGUUCUGGACAAUUUAACGUCAGGUAUGAAUAUCCCUAACUUUAGGACCAGAGAUACAGCAGACGAGGCCGUAGAAGCUUGAGAAGCGCCUCACCUCAGAGAUGCAGACUGAUGAUCUAUUUGCCAAAAAGCUUCAAGCCUUGAAUGGGAAUAUGGGACCUCCUGGCGCAAAUACACAAGGAACACCAGCAGUGCCCAAGAUGGGGAUACGUGCAAGAGUGUCAGAUUGGCCACCGAAGAAGGAUGGCCACGGUCCACCACCCAGGUACGACAGCCUAAUGACGUCCUUCCAGAAUGGACAACCCAGUCAAUUGGCGGAAGAUGUGGUCAAACAAAGCCCAGGUUCUCCUCCCAAUCCCAGCUUUCUGGAGACAAAAUAUGGUCUUAGUGACCUUCUGAGCCACUCUCCUGGUAAAGUUCACCACGCUCUCCAGAAGAGAAGCAACAGUGACGUCACCAUCAGUGAUAUAGGGGCGGAGGACAUGGAUCAGACAGCAAUCAACCCCAAUACAGGUGCCACUUUGCACCGAGAGUAUGGAAGCACGUCCUCCAUCAAUCGCCAGGGUUUGCCCGAUGAGGGGUUUUUUGGCAAUCUGAAGGGUUUCCAGCCAGAACUCUCGGAGCAACCAAGCGCACCACCUCCGCAUGGCUUUCCGGAGUUCCGUCGGUUUCCAGAGACCGCCAUUUCUCCAAGUCUCCAGACUGCUGCGCAGAUUGCACGGGGGGACAUUCUCUGCAUUCCCAACUACUCUGACUAUGUGGACAGUUCGCUCUUCUACAAUCGGGAAAGGGAGAAGUCCUUCCUACAGCGGCAGAAAUCCGAAAAGGGUGAGACGUCCAUAUUCCGCAGGCUGAAGACUAUGAAAAGUGAGCAGCGGCAACUUAGCGAACACGACGAUUGUAGUAGACACGGUCGUCCAUUGAGUUUCCAGAGAUGCUUCGCCCACUAUGACGUCCAGAGCGUGCUUUUCAAUAUUAGCGAGGCUGUUACUAAUCGUUCAAAUUUAGCACGUCGGAAAAAUAUUACCACGGGGGCUUCUGCAGCAUCCCAACACCAAAUUGGUGGGGGAGUGGACAGUCUUGACCCCUUGCCUCUUUGUGAGUCCCCUUUGGACAAUUGUGAGGAACUUGUGCCAAAAUCUUGCACCGAUCCUGACGAAGGGGAUGGGAAGAGCAAUGGUUUGGUGCUGACCUGCCCGUAUUUCCGUAACGAGAUUGGUGGUGAAGGUGAAAGGAAACUGAGUGCCACCAAACCAAACAGUGGACCCCACAACAAUGUGGGUGACAAUUAUACUAUUGAGUCUACUUUAAGCUCACACUGCACCAAUGCGGGGGUUUCUGUCUUGGAAAUGUCCCGUGAGAAUUAUGCCUCUCGUGAAAAUUAUGCUGUUCCACGGGAUUGCAUUAAACGCUACAUCAUUGAGCACAUUGACAUGGGUGCUUACUACUAUCACAAAUUCUUCUUCAACAAAGAGCACCAGAACUACUUUGGUGUUGAUGAGAACUUGGGCCCAGUGGCAGUUAGCAUUCGGAGAGAAAAGCUGGAGGAGGGGAAGGAGGGCCCACAGUAUAAUUAUAGGGUCAUCUUCAGGACCAGUGAGCUCACCACUUUGAGAGGCUCAAUCAUGGAGGAUGCCGUCCCCUCCACCGCAAAGCAUGGGAUGUCCCGUGGUCUCCCUCUUAAAGAGGUGCUGGAGUACGUAGUUCCAGAGGUCAACAUUCAGUGCCUCAGAAUGGCCAUCAGCUCACCUAAAGUCCCAGAACAACUGCUGAAGCUGGAUCAGCAAGGGCUGAGUUACCAGCACAAAGUGGGCAUCCUGUACUGCCAGGCCGGGCAGAGCACAGAGGAGGAGAUGUACAAUAACGAGAGUGGUAGUCCCGCACUGGAUGAGUUUCUGGAUCUACUGGGUCAGAGAGUCCGACUGAAGGGGUUCAGCAAGUACAGGGCACAGCUGGACAACAAAACGGACUCCACUGGAACUCACUCUCUGUACACCACCUAUAAAGAUUUUGAACUGAUGUUUCACGUCUCUACAAUGCUGCCCUACACGCCCAACAACAGGCAACAACUACUGAGGAAGAGGCACAUUGGAAAUGACAUCGUUACCAUAAUUUUCCAGGAACCAGGAGCAUUCCCAUUCACACCCCAAAACAUACGCUCUCACUUUCAACAUGUCUUCAUCAUUGUCAAAGUCCACAAUCCUUGCACAGAGCAUGUGUGUUACAGUGUUGCAGUUGCCAGAUCCAAAGAUGUGCCUCCGUUUGGACCUCCCAUACCCAAGGGAGUGAUGUUCCCAAAGUCUGCCGUUUUCCGGGACUUCCUGCUAGCCAAGGUGAUCAACGGCGAAAACGCGGCCCACAAGUCUGAGAAGUUCCGCGCCAUGGCGACGCGUACCCGCCAAGAAUACCUUAAAGACAUAGUGGAGAACUUUAUCAGCGCAACACCUGUGGACGCCUCAGGUGCAAAAUUCAGCUUCAUCACCCUAGGCGCCAAAAGGAAGGAACGCAGCCGGCCAAGGAACAACGCUCAUCUGUACAGUACGGGAGCCAUCACGUGGUCAGUGGUUGCUCGGGACAGCUGCCAGUCCACCGAUAUCGGUUGUUUACUGGCCAUCUCCCGCGAGUUUGUGGCGCUCAUUGAGGAAGCGUCCCGGGAAGUGGUUUUCAACUGUUAUUGCAAGGACGUGAUUGGUUGGAGUUCGUCCUCCAUGGUGGGCAGGGUGAAGCUCUUUUACGAGCGUGGCGACUGUGUGGUGUUUUCCGUGCAGGACGGAUGCCCAGAGGAAGUUCGAGAGGUCGUACAGCGAUUAGAGAUGGUCACCAGGGGUUGUGAGACGCUAGAGAUGACCCUGCGCAGAAAUGCCCUGGGCCAGCUGGGCUUCCAUGUCAACUUUGAGGGUGUGGUAGCCGACGUGGAGCCAUUCGGAUUUGCCUGGCAGGCAGGACUUCGCCCUGGCUGCCGUUUGGUGGAGAUCUGCAAGGUCGCUGUAGGGACUCUAACUCACGAGCAGAUGAUUGACUAUCUGCGGACCUCCACACCUGUUACAGUGGUGGUCAUACAGCCACAUGAGGACGGCAACCCCAGAAGAGGUGCCUCAGAGCUGUAUCGUGUCCCUGUCGUGGAGUACAAGACUCUUGGUACCGGUCCUGGUUGGCACAGGAUGACUCACGUUCCCCAGGGGCUGCCGCUGUCUCGAGUUUCUCCCACUCAGGGUCCAGAUCGACCCUCCCCGGGCCAACAGAUGUUCCAGUACGCGCAAGCUGCCAUUUCACGCAGCACUUCUUUUGAUAAGAAGUACCAGGAUGGAUCUAGGGUGUUGCAGGACUUCGAGAUGGUUCAGAGUCCUUCUGGAAAUCCCGGCCAGCACUACUGCAGUUCUCCCAGUAACCAAUCAACCUCCAGUGACCCCGGUCCCUGCGGCACAUGGGCCCAGAAAGCCAGUUAUGAUGGAUCACAAUCACCUGCCCUUCAUGAUCAGCCAGAAGAAAAAGAAGGAGAUGGGCACAGAGAUAGAGAGCACAAGCUGGAGAGGACGCGGUCUGCCGGAUCGCCUUGCAUACCAGAGGCCAAGUGGCACAUCCCAUCCACCAAGAUCCUGAACCGAGGUCUACAGAGACAGGGGGCGAAAGACUCACCUGGUAAAUUUCCUCGGCCCCGUGAGAAGAGCUGCCACAGUCAUUGCUCCAGCCACUCCAGUAACAACACCCUCUCCAGCAAUGCUUCCAGCGGCAGUGACGAGAAACAUUUCGGUUCUGGAGACCCAAUGGAUCCAGAGUCCCUGGGUCUAACCUACAUAAAGGGGGCGUCCACCGACAGCGGCAUAGAUACAGCACCCUGCAUGCCACCUCCACCCCCUUCCCUGCCCCUGACUGGGGUGGGACCCUCACGGAUGGUCAUGAGGGAUGGGAGGGUUGAGUCGGGACUCCCGUGGCCUAUGGAAUACCAUGAGGAUGGCGAGACGGAUGAAGGAAGGGCAAAGAUGUUCUUGUCUCAAGGAUACGUUCCCGCUACACCCACCGGUCACACCACAGAUGGCAGCACAGGAGAUCUAAGUGAGAUCUCCUCUCUUUCCAGUGGAUCUCGUCAUUCUGGAAGCCCCUCUGAACGCUGUUUGAAGAACUCCAGCUCCAUUGACCCCUCAAAAAUCUACAUCAUCUCUCCCACGGACACGACUCCAAUGGGAGGGCGGGAAAAGCACUCACUUAGCUGCCAGUCACAAGGCGAGAAGUAUUUGACUGGCUGGAAGAAAGGAGAAAAUGACCACUUACUGGAGGAGCAAGGACAAGCUAGAGACUUUAGUCGGUCAGAGGCUUUGUUGUCUUUACUUCUAAAGACACUUUUCAGGAAAUCAAGGGGGCUCUAUUUGAGAGAACCAUCCCAGUUGGUUAACAGUGCAGGUGAGAAGCUCCAGACGCUCUCUAAGGAGGCCUUCCUCAGGAUGCUCCUACCCGACAGUCCCCCUGGGCAGGCAGGUCGCGGCAAGAUACCGCUUGUCGGUCAGUCUCCACGCCGUUCCCUGUACCGGACUCUCUCAGACGAGAGCUUGUGCAGCAGCCACCGGAGGGCGCUGUCCUUAGCUAGCUCACGUAGCUCCAUGCUGGACCAGGCCGUGCCCAACGACAUCCUGUUCAGCAGCGCCCUGCCCUACCACAGCACCCUACCACCACGCAUGAGUCUUAACCACGCCACGGGUCAGCUCAAAAGUGAGCUCUGGUUCUCUGACAGCUCACUGGCAGACAAGGCCAAGCUGGCAGACACUGGUAUGAUGCCCCUGCCGGACCCUUCUUCUGGUCUUGACUGGUCACAUCUUGUGGACGCAGCACGGGCUUUUGAAGAUCAGACUGCAACCUCUUUGAGUUCGCUCACAGAAGAAGAGCAGACAAAGCAGGUUCUGGAGCUCUCUGAGGAGCUGAACAGAAGAGUGGGAUGUGUGGAUGCCUCAACCCUACCAGCAGGGGAAGGUUCUCCUGCUCUGCUCACUGGGAAGGUUAACCAGCUGGAGCUCAUUCUCCGACAGCUGCAGUAUGACCUAAGAAAGGAGCAAGAAGACAAGGCUAUGCUCCAGGAACAGGUUCAGCACCUUCGUCAAGACAACCUUCGACUGCAUGAAGAGAGCCAGACAGCAGCCGCUCAGCUGAGGAGAUUUACUGAAUUGUUUCUGAACACAAUGGACAAGAAACCUUGAGCUGAAGUAGUCCACAACUUCUCCUUCUUGUGCUUCGCAAACUACAUAACCCAAGGAAAAUUAGUCCAGCAUACUGUAAAAAAAAAAAAAAAGAUGUUAGAGGAGAAAUUUCAGCAUUUGAAUGUGAAUGUGUGCAGAGCUAAUACGCUAACACACUAAAAACUGAGUCAUUGUUGGUGGCAGGACAUGAGAAUGUGAAUGAGAAAAGGGAGGGAAAGAAAUUAAAUGUGUUAAAGGGCUGGAAGGGGAAAAAAUAAAUAGUUUAUGACCAGUCGAAGGGUAUGAACACGUCGUGAUCGUGAAAGUGAAUGUAAUGCAAUAAGCCGUGAUUUCUUUCUAAAAUCUUUGGUUCCUUGGGCUUAACAUCUUCAAAGCUACCGCCGUAACUCAAGUUCAAUCCUGGCUUUGUGGCUGUCCACCCCCAUCGUUUGUCGAAAUGUAGACCAGCCAGAUGCAACGUUCCUUAGUGUCCAAAGCUCCCCAAGACUUGGUGUGCUGUAUACCUGUUUUGAAAUGCUUUUUUGUAAGUAACCCAUUGAAACAAAUGCUGUAGCAAUAAUUUUGCUGAUGCUGUAAUCACAGAAAUGUUCGAUAAGAUUAGCACUGAGUGUGAUUUGGCUGUAUUCAAAAACUUUUAUGUAGAAAAAAAAAACAAAACAAAAAAAAAAAGUCUUUCGUGUGCCUGAUGUUAUUGGUGGUAAAAGGAUUGUUGUUUUCGUUAAUUCAUUUAACUGUCUGAGUGCGUACAAAAUCCAUGCCCACUGCUCUUAUCCAUUAGGCUGUCACAUGACUUUGUAACUGGCUUUGUUUUACCCAAACAGAUGUUAAAUGGUUGAACUUGUGUGGAUGGGCCAGUACACGCAGACUAGCACCUGUAAACCACUUAAAAUAAAAGCCAAAUUCUGCUUGUUGGUGUACCUCAGAAAAGUGUCUUGUACCUUCGCCCUCUUAUUUAAGCUUAUUUAACCUAAGAUUGUUAUUUUAAUGAGAGUAUUUUCCUUUUCUGCACUAAAAAAAAAAAAAAAAAGAGUAAUGGCUCCAUGUGGCAGUACUUUGUAUACUUGUGUACCAUGUCAGCAGUACUGUGUAUAGCUUGGCUGAGAGAUAACUGUAAACAUAAAAUGGUUUAUUUCUGGGACGUUCAGAUGUUUGGAUGCUGCUAGAGGACAGGAUGUUGUUUUUUUAUGGCCUUUUAAAGAUGUUUUUAUUUCUUUGUAAAUCUGUUUCGUUGAGGUUGGGAUGAAAAGCUUACCUUUGUAAAAUAAAGUUUAGGAUGUCAAUAAAGUAAGACUUGUGUCCUUUUAA